UAAGCUAGCUUGUGACCUAGCCCGCGGCUCCUGGUACACUUUCCUUCUAAUUACACCUUUAACCACCGAACUGCGCUUUAUCGAACCCCGCAGAUCCGCCGACGUCAUGAGAUACAGUUGACGUGUCACAGCUGUGGAGGAAUAUUAAAUAUCGUUUCCACUUUUAACUGCGUUUUACACAGCAGCAAGUUUGAUGUGUUGUUAGCAUAAAUGGCUUCGGCGACAGAACCAGCGAUGUGCUCGGCUGCAGCGGCCGCAGCAGACUCCAUAGUGCCCGCCUGUAUGUUUGCACCGGAGCGGGGGUGCGAGGACGACCUAGACGGGGAAGAGGGCUUCGAGGACGGCGAGGAGACGAACGGCGAGCCCGCGGAUCAUUUAGACCUGAGCAGUAAGCUGGUGCUCGUGAGUCCAACAGCAGAACAGUACGAUUCGUUACUAAGACACUUGAGGGAGCGGAUAGAUGAGGGCUGUGGGGAGACCAUCUACGUGGUGGGAAUGGGCUCAGAUGGCGGUGACUAUGGUCUGGAUGAGAAGGACAUGGAGGCGUCAGUGGCCACGGUGAAGUCGCUGUGCGAACAGAUCGAGGCUGACCUGAUCCUGCUGAGGGAGAGGAUAGACACUGGUGGACAGAUUCAGGACUACCUCAUCAGACGGCGUGUUGGCGAGGAGGAUUUCCUGGAAGUCAGAGUGGCGGUCGUGGGGAAUGUGGAUGCUGGGAAGAGCACCCUGUUGGGCGUUUUGACCCACGGCGAGCUGGACAACGGCAGAGGCUUCGCUCGCCAGAAGCUCUUCAGGCACAAGCACGAAAUGGAGAGCGGCAGGACGAGCAGCGUGGGCAACGAUAUCCUGGGUUUUGAUCAGGAGGGAGAGGUGGUUAACAAGCCCGACAGCCACGGUGGCAGCCUCGACUGGACCAAGAUCUGUGAGAAGUCCUCGAAGGUCAUCACCUUCAUCGACCUGGCCGGACACGAGAAGUACCUCAAAACCACCGUCUUUGGCAUGACUGGACACCUGCCCGAUUUCUGCAUGCUCAUGGUUGGCAGCAACGCCGGAAUCGUUGGCAUGACCAAAGAGCACCUGGGUCUGGCACUGGCCCUGAAUGUGCCGGUGUUUGUGGUGGUCACUAAGAUCGACAUGUGUCCAGCCAACAUCUUGCAAGAGACACUAAAGUUAUUACAGAGGUUAUUGAAGUCGCCGGGCUGCAGGAAAAUCCCAGUGUUGGUCCAGAACAGGGACGACGUCAUCGUCACGGCCUCCAACUUCAGCUCAGAGAGGAUGUGUCCGAUCUUCCAGGUCUCAAACGUGACCGGGGAGAACAUGGACCUGCUGAAGAUGUUCCUCAACCUCCUGUCUUCUCGAACCAUCUUUAGCAAUGACGAGCCAGCAGAGUUCCAAAUAGACGACACAUACUCAGUACCGGGUGUGGGCACAGUCGUUUCUGGGACUACGUUACGUGGAAUGAUUCGGCUCAACGACACGCUGCUGUUAGGCCCCGACCCGCUCGGCACCUUCAUCCCCAUCGCCGUGAAAUCCAUCCACCGCAAACGGAUGCCGGUGAAAGAGGUCCGCGGGGGACAGACGGCGUCCUUUGCUCUCAAAAAGAUCAAACGUUCCUCCAUAAGGAAAGGAAUGGUGAUGGUCUCGCCGAAGCUGAUGCCUCAGGCCACCUGGGAGUUCGAGGCGGAGAUUCUGGUGCUGCACCACCCGACUACGAUAUCCCCGAGAUACCAGGCCAUGGUUCACUGUGGCAGCAUCAGGCAGACAGCCACCAUCCUGACAAUGAACAAAGACUGUCUGAGGACAGGGGACAAGGCCUCAGUCCAUUUCCGCUUCAUUAAGACGCCCGAGUACCUGCACUGUGACCAGAAGCUGGUGUUCAGGGAAGGACGCACCAAAGCUGUGGGCACCAUCAUCAAGCUUCUCCAAUCAGUGAGCACCCAGGCAGCGAAGGCCCAGCUGUCCAAGAUGCAGGCCAGUAAAAAGACGUUUAAAGAGGGCACAGCGGCCAAUGAGGAGGCAGGAUCGUCAGCACGGCCGCCCAGUCCCAACGCAGCUAAUUUACCACUCAAGGCGGGCGGCGGCGGUCGCAGGAGAGGAGGUCAGAGACAUCGAGGGAAAGGCCUGAACCCGGCAGCUAUCCCCACAGCAGUGACGGCAGGAGCAGCCAGCACAGCCUAAACCCCCCCCCCCC